AUGGAAACUAACAUUCUCUCUGCAAGCUACAAUAACGGAUCUGCCGACGCUUUGAAAAUUGUCGGGAGUCCGUCAUACAAUAAUGCUUGUCGCAACACCUUCCGCACGGUUUUACAGAAGAAAGGGGUAACGGUGGAUGUCUUUGGCCUCUGUAGCGGCUAUUGGCUGUUCCCUCUUGCAGAAAAGAACAUCACCGAAAGCACCUGUCCUUUAACAAGCUACGAAGAUGUCGGCUCGGUUGUUAGCUACCGAUCAUUGUCAGCUUCAUGCAAUAACGCGAAGUGCUCCAACCCUUCGCCUCAAGCAUCGACUUCUGCGUGUGGUCAAAGUAUUCUCGACGCUGCCAUAAUGCUGACAGAAAACGAUUCUCAGAUCAGCGACUGUUACUAUGUCGUCACUAUGAGAAUCGCGCAAGCGCACUUCAAGAGCGUCUACAAAUCCGUGUUCUUCUUGUGCGACGCUGUGCCUCCACUUGCGAAUGCAUCCAUUAACUUGACCGCUAUAUCUCCACCAUCUCCGGUGGCUGCGCCACCUGUCCAAGGACCAGAUGCAUCAGCUCCAUCGCCUUCGGCAAAGCCAUCGUCCCCUGCACCAGCACCUGCCCCUUCAUUGAAGCGAGCGAGCUUUGAGCUACAGCAGUUUCUGGAGCAGGAGAAGCAGAAGGCGAUGUUGAAUGAGCUGGUGGCGAAGCUCACGGAGGUGUGCUGGGACAAGUGCGUUACGGCCGCGCCGGGAACCAAGUUUAGCGGAUCGGAGUCUUCCUGCCUUAGCAACUGCGCGCAGCGGUAUCUUGAUGUCAGCGGACUGGUCGUGCGGAAAUUUCAGAGCAUUCAAAGAUGA